AAUCGUCGUGGCUGGCACUCGGCUAGCAUCACAUUUUUGGUUUGCAAUAUUUUAUCGGUAAUAAAUGUGAAAUAAUUAGGAAUUCAUCGUGAAAAAUGUGCGACUGGUAGCAGAAAAGUGAAAUCUUCUGAAGUGACGUGAAAACGUGAUCAAUAUCCGGGAAAUAUCAUCAAAUUCGUUGCUUCAACUUUGUGCUCAUUACGCCUUCCGAAGGGUGAAUUGGGGCUGGGUUACGUGUGUUGGUGUUUUUGAGAGGGAGGGAGUGACCGCUUGCGACAAAACUUUUACGUGAGUUCUUGCUUACGCGACAGGAAAACGAAUCAACGAAAAAGCUGGUGCAAAAGGUGAUGUGUUGAUCUAUCCGGUUUUGAACAAUCGAUUUUAGGGGAAAAUAUUCAUUGCAUUCAUAGUACAAGUAGUGGAAAAUAAAGAAUACGAUCUACAGUUUGUAAUUCACGAAGAAUGAGCUACUCCAGAGGCCAAUAUUAUGAGCAAAGCUCUCGUUCUCGCAGCCGUGAUCGGAAGUAUCGCCGUGAAUACCGUGAAGAUGGUUACCGAUACAGCUCAUCCUACGGCGGUGGUUCCGAGUAUGCAGGACGCAGCAGCGGCGGCGGCGGCGGAAGUUACGGCCGCCGAAGCUCCCGUCAACCGCAUGCCAUCGAAUCUCAGCCGCAUCACCACGGCGGAAGCGAAUACGACGAGAGCAAGGCCGUUCUAGCGGUUUUCAAUCUAAGCAUUUAUACCACCGAGUCCGAGCUGUACGACGUCUUUACCAAGUUCGGUCCACUGAAGAAGGCAACCGUAGUGAUCGAUGCGAAGACCGGCCGUUCCCGCGGGUUUGGUUUCGUCUAUUUCGACAGCACCGAAGAUGCCAAAGUGGCGCAUGCCCAGGCCAAUGGUAUCGAAAUCGGCGACCGGAGGAUACGGGUCGACUAUUCAGCAACGGAAAAACCACACGAUCCCACUCCAGGAGUGUACUACGGCAAGGUAAGCUACCCGAAAGGAGGAGGCGGUGGAAGUGGUGGUGGUGGUGGUGGAGGCAGUGGGGGCUAUGGAGCGCCUCCGCUAGGACCACCUGCACCUGUUGGAGGCAAUAUGGCAGCACCUGGUGGCUACUACCACUGCCGAGCAUGUGAGAUUGAAGCUCGCGAGCGGGAACGAUGGGAACGUGAGGCACGGCGCUACGGAAAUGGCAGAGAUUACUACUAUCAGGACAAGUACGCUGCGCCGGAAGCUCCGCGCAGCCGCGAUCGGUCGGCCAUGUCCCGAUCCCGAAGUGACUACUACCGAGGGGGUGCAGGAGUUCGCUGACAGUGGGCACCGAUAGCUGCCGUUGCCACUGCGCCCCUUCCCGUGGGUUAUCCCGCUGCAAUGAUGAUGUAAAACCGUAAAUAAUGUCACACAUAAAAAAACAUAACUUCCUUCCUAUCAUUCUUAACAAGGAGGCCAAUUUCCCAGAAAUUUAUCUAUUCUUCUGGUGGUGAAGUAUGAUAAUUUCACAUCCUUGAUCGAUCGAUAUUUAUUGUAUAAUAAUAAAUGUGAAUGUGUGUAUGUAAUGCACAAUACUUCAUAUUCAGCAGACCACGCGUACAUAUUGAAAUAUUAUAAAAUCAAAUCUGAUACAUGCAACCCAUUAGAUGAUAACGCAUUGAUGAAAAACUUAGCACGUAGCAAUUUCAUAUAGUUGAGACCAUACAAUAAUGAAACCGAAUAACUAUUGAAAUAUUAUCCUUGAAUAAAGAUUUUAGACAGAUA